AUGUAUAUAUGCUUUUGCCUAUGCUUGUGCUUAUGCUUGUGUGUUUACAUGUGUAACCACCGCCCUAUAUUCUUCUUUGUUCAUCCCUGUUGCUCUUUUCAUUUCUCUCCCCCAUUUGCUUUACUCCGCUUCCGCUUCCUCUCCUUCAUUUUUUAUUUUUCCGUAUUUGCUUAUUAUAGCUUUAAUUUUAAUUUUAAUUUUGUUGUUCGUCCUUAUUUUCAUUGGUUUUCAUUUCUUUUUUUUUCUGUUUUGUGUGCACUUUUUUGUCACAUUAUUUGCAUAUACUUUUUAAAGAAUUUGCACAUGGUCAUGAGGUCUCAGUUGUGUAGACGAGCGGGUAAGGAGAAAAGAAAAGAAAAGAAGAGAAGAGAAGAGAAGAGGAGAUGA